AGUGAAGGUAUUUUAUAACAUAAUCCAGUGAUCAAUUAGCAAUUCAUGCGACUGACACGCUGAUCGUGAAGCCUCCCCUAUUCCUGGAAUCAGGUUCUGUUCUCUUUACGAAUACUACUUUACUGGAAUGCGCCGGCGUCAGUUGGAGGCCGGGCAGAGACGAACUGAAGCCUAUUAUUCCCUUUCUGGCUUGUCAUCAAACCAAACAGACCUCCAGCUCCAUCACAAACAGAAACAAACGCCAGCACAGACAACUCCAUUCUCCAACCAAUCUAUAGCGUAAUACAAAGAAAAGAAAGCAUCAUCACGAUUCAAUUGCUUCUCAUCAAACCAAACAAAUGGGAUUCAGAUUUCGCAGUCUCAAUCCCGUCUUCAGAUCAUACCUUCAUCGCAAUACUCGCCCUUCAGCCUCUACCACUUUUCUGAAUCGCCCUUCCUCCGUUUGUUUACUCCCCGACCCUCCCCAGUCCAAAAUCCCGAUUCGCUGGCAUUUGGGCCACUCUCACUCCGACGCUCACCACCACCACGUCGGUCAUACUUCCGAUGCCUCCGCCGCCGGCCAGGAGGGUGAUAAAAUAUUCCGCCUCGGCUUGGCCGCUGAUAUUGGGUUGUCCCUCGGGAAGGCCUUUACUGGAUACCUCACCGGGAGUACCGCUAUCAUUGCCGAUGCCGCUCAUUCUAUCUCUGACGUGGUUCUUAGUGGAGUUGCCUUGUGGUCAUUCAGGGCUGGGAUGGCUCCUAGAGACAGAGAACAUCCUUAUGGACACGGUAAAUUUGAAAGCCUUGGUGCCCUUGGAAUUUCUUCCAUGCUUCUGGUCACUGCGGGUGGCAUUGCUUGGCAUGCUUUUGAUGUACUUCAUGUUUUGGUGUCUGCUGCUCCUGUUGCGAUAGACCAUUCAUCUACCAUUGAAGGUCUGCAUAACAAUGCCCAUGGCGGGCAUCAUCAUGGGAUUGACAUGGAGCACCCAUUCCUUGCAUUGAGUAUGGCAGCUGUGUCCAUAUCAGUUAAAGAAGGACUGUACUGGAGAACAAAAAGAAUUGGGGAGAAAUUGGGCAGUGGACUCAUGAAAGCAAAUGCAUGGCAUCAUCGUGCAGAUGCCAUUUCCUCAGUUGUUGCUCUCAUCGGGGUUGGAGGAACCCUCCUUGGAAUUAAGUUCCUGGACCCCGUUGCUGGUCUGUUUGUCUCUGGCAUGAUACUGAAAGCUGGAUUACAGACUGGAUAUCAGAGCAUCUUGGAACUGGUGGAUGCUGCACUUCCUGCAGAACAUUUGGAACACACGAGACGAACGAUCCUACAAGUUCCAGGUGUUACAGGAUGUCAUCGAUUGCGGGGAAGAAGGGCUGGUUCGUAUCUGUUUUUAGAUGUUCAUAUAGAGGUUGAUCCUUUUUGUAGUGUUAGUGCUGCUCACGGGAUUGGUGAAAGUGUCCGCAAGGAAAUCCACACCUCCCAUCCUGAGAUAGCUGAGGUUUUCAUCCAUAUAGGUAAUCAAGUCUCGAUGGCCUCGUAAUGUCCUGUUUAUUAGGUUUCUAGAAUAUUUAACUGCCUUAGUUCUUUCACGAGGGAAAAAGAUGCCUUAUUUGCUUUAUGCUAUAGUACAUAGUUGGAGCACUGAACAUUUGUGCUGGGGUACAAGUCCCAGCUAGUAACACAUCUGGGUUCCUUGUGCUGUUAUGCAGUAAGCAUCACAUAACUUUGUUAUCGAUACUUCCUCUUCAGUCUUAACAACUCAGACUAUCUUCACAGACCCUGCU